AUGUCACGAAGACCGGCAAAGGGAGACUACAUUGAGACCGACACAGGCAACAAGGUCGCCCGCAAGGCGACGCUGGUCGGCACCCAGAACAUCAUGCUGGGCGGCAAAACCGUCAUCCAGCCCGAGGUCAUGAUCCGCGGCGACCUCGCGCGAUCCGCGCAGUCUUCCAGCGGCGGCGCCCCGGCAAACAACACCGCCGUCGCCAUCGGCCGAUACUGCUUCCUCUCCAGGGGUGCUGUGCUCCGACCGCCGGGGCGAAUGUACAAGGGCAUGUUCACGUACAUGCCCCUCCGAAUGGGAGACCACGUCUUCGUCGGCCAGUACACGGUCAUCCAGGCCGCCUCGAUCGGGUCCCACGUGCACAUCGGCCGCGAGUGCGUGGUGGGCGAGUUCGCGAUCGUCAAGGACUACGUCCGUAUCCUCGAAGGCACCGUCGUGCCCCCAAACAUGGUCAUACCGAGCUUCAGCGUUGUUGCAGGGCAGCCGGCUCGCGUGGUCGGCGAGGUUCCCGAGGGAGGGCACGAGGAGUUUGAGCUGCGCGAGCUGUACAAGACAGUUGGCAACAACCCGCAACCGCUGCCUGUAUGA